CCCAAUGGGAUGCGGUGCCGGCGGCCGCUCGCCCAGUCCCGGCGCCGCGCGGAGCCGCGGAGGAGGCGGCGCGGGCCGGGCCGGGCAGGGCGGCGGGGCGCCCGGCGAGCGGAGGCCGAGCCUGCGGAGCUGGCGCCCGGCGGGGCCAUGGGGGCCGGGGCCGCGGGGCACGGCCUCCUGGCGCUGCUGCUGGUGGCGGCCGCCCCGCUCCGGCUGCGCGCGGACCGGCCGGGUGACGGCUGUGGGCACAUAGUGUCCUAUCUGGACAGUGGCACCAUGACAUCUAAGAAUUAUCCACGGACUUACCCCAACCACACAACGUGUGAGAAGACAAUCACAGUGCCGAAGGGGAAAAAGUUGAUUCUGAGGUUAGGAGAUUUGGAUAUUGAGUCCCAGACCUGUGCUUCUGACUACCUCCUCUUCACCAACAAUUCCCAUGAGUAUGGACCAUAUUGUGGAAGUAUGAAUGUUCCCAAAGAACUCGUGCUGGACACAAAUGAAAUAACUGUUCGCUUUGCAAGUGGAUCCCACACUUCUGGGCGGGGCUUUUUGCUCACCUAUGCCAGCAGUGACCAUCCAGAUUUGAUAACGUGUUUGGACCGAGCUAACCAUUUUUCGGAGAUAGAAUACAGCAAAUUCUGCCCAGCUGGUUGUAGAGACAUAGCAGGAGACAUUUUUGGGAACAUGAUGGAUGGAUAUAGAGAUAACUCUCUACUGUGCAAGGCGGCCGUCCACGCAGGGAUCAUUGCAGAUGAAAUGGGUGGUCAGAUCAGCGUAUUCCAGCACAAAGGGUUAAGUCGAUACCAAGGAAUCCUGGCCAAUGGUGUGCUCUCAAGGGAUGGUUCCCUGUCAGACAAGCGAUUUCUGUUUGCCUCCAAUGGUUGCAGCACAUCCUUACGUUUGGAAGCAGAUGGGCAAGUCAGAGAUUCUUGGCAGUGGGACGAUGAGUUUAGAGAACAAGUUCAUUGGUCUUCUGGCCAUGCCCGACGUCAGGACCACAGCCCGUCAUGGUCUUUGGCGGACAGCAGCAAGAACCACAAACAAGAGUGGCUGGAAAUAGAUUUGGGAGAGGAGAAGAAAAUAACAGGGAUUCGGACCACAGAAUCCGCAUAUCCAAAUUUCAACUUCUAUGUUAAGAGUUUUAUGAUGAACUUCAAAAACAACAACUCCAGAUGGAGGACCUACAAAGGAAUUGUGAAUAAGGAAAAGAAGGUGUUUCGGGGCAACUUGAAUUUUCGGGACCCAGUGAUGAACAAUUUCAUCCCUCCCAUCGUGGCCAGAUACCUGCGGGUCAUCCCCCAGACGUGGUACCAGAAGAUCGCCUUAAAGGUGGAGCUCCUUGGUUGCCCGGUUACACAAGGUAGCAACGAUUCAUUGGUGUGGCGCAAAACCAGUUCAGAUUCCACGGAAAGAGAAGAUGAGACAAUCACAAAACUCAUCCCCUCUGGAGAGAUGUCCACAGGAGCAAACAUCGCAAUAGUGGCUGGUCCGCUGCUGCUCCUUGCCCUGCUGAUUGUUGGAAUCUCUGCGGUCCUUAAAAAGAGGAAGAAGAAAGGAACUCCAUUUGCAUCUGUGAAAGCCUCAAAAACAGACUGUUGGAAGCAGAUUAAAUAUCCCUUCACCAGACAUCAGUCGGCUGAGUUUACCAUCAGCUAUGAUAAUGAAAAGGAGGCGACACAGAAGUUAGAUCUCAUCACCAGGGAUAUGGCGGAUUACCAGCUGCCCCUCAUGAUCGGCACCGGCACCGUCACCAGGAAGGGCUCCACCUUCCGGCCCAUGGACACCGAGGCGCAGGAGGCCGGGGCCGGCGGCCACUACCGCUGCCCGCUGGCCCGCAGCCACGAGUACGCGCUGCCGCUGCCGCACGCGGAGCCCGAGUACGCGACGCCCAUCGUGGAGCGGCCCCGCGGGCGCCCCCUCCCGGCGCAGCCCGGCUACCGCGUGCCCGCGGCCCCGCGCCCGCCCGCCGCCGCCGCCGCCGCCGCGAACCAGGGCUACCAGAGCCCGCAGAGCCCGGCGGCCCCCGGCCCCGGCCCCGGCUACGACCUGCCCAAAGCGCCCUCACCCGCGGAGCGUGCGGAGCCCGACGGCCAGCACCCCCUGCACGACGCCUACUCAGCCCCCCGAGACUGCCUCAAGCCCCUCAGCCAGACGGCCGUGACCGCCCUCCUGUGAACACAAUGUGAAAGGAGCCUGCUGUGGUACUGAGCACGGCGCUGGGCGGCCCUGGGAGAAGGGAGGGGGGUGUGUGUGUGAUGGUGUGUGUGUGUGUGUGUAUGUAAUUGUAUGUGUGAUUGUGAGUGUGCAUGAGUGAUCUAAUAGGAUCCUGCGUUGGAAUCCCAGCGACCACCUCUCAUACUGUUUACAAAGCUGUGCCGUUGGUUUUGUUCUGACCCUUUGGGCGGGAGCCUGUGGGGUUCUGUUAAGGCUAGAAAAAGGGGGGGGGGGGACUUUUUUUAGACGGCAUUUUCCUGUCUCACACUGUGAUACUGAGCUGCUCGGGUGUACCAUGUGCAGUCUGUGCGGAGCUGUAUUUAACGGGAAUGAAAGUAACUUACGUUCGCUUCGCCCGAGGUUGAUUCUGCACGGGGGUGACGUGGGAGAAUGCAGCUAUUGCAGACACGUACAUCAUACUGUGUUCCCUUGUUCAAGAUAGGGCCUCUGAUACUGUUAGCAGCAGGUCUGUGUCAGCUUCGUCUUAUUGCUCUGGCUCAUUUCCUUUCCUUUGAUAACCAGAACUAAAAGCAUUGCUAGCAUUCUUCUCCUGGAAGGAAUUAAAAUUACUUGAAGCAUGAAAAGCACACCAGGGUGGUUGUUAGCCAUUAUGAUUGUACAUUAAAAACACACACACACACUCAACCACCUCAGCAACUGCCGGGCCUGGAGAUCCGGUUCCGGUGGCGGGUCUGGGCCUGCACUGGGCAGGCCUGUGCCUGCAGGGGCCUCCCUGCCCUGCCCCAGAACCCGCCUCCCAGGGGAACUGCCUUCAGCACACGUUGCUGCUCCCUCAGGUCAGACCUGGCAGAGACUGGCUUUCACAUGCACAUCCACCUUGACACACUCUGCAAAGCCAAGUGCCGAGCAGCAGCCAGGAGAGCUGGCUCCCCCAACGAAAUGAAGGUGGCACAGCGAUGCCAGUCUGCGUCACUGUGCCGGAUGCUUUUGUACCUCAGAGUGAAAACAUUGCUGAGGUCAGACGCCCACACUCUCCGUGCCUUUUGUUGUUGUUUUUUGUUCCAGAAAUAGCACAUUAUACUCUGUGUGUCCUUACAGGAGGGACCGAGGCCGAAUCUAAGUAGAGCUCUUGAGGCUGAGACGGUGGGGGACUGGACUGGUUUUGUCAGGAACACUUACCCGGAGUAUGUGUCUAACUCCCUGUGAGCCCAGACCUCAGCUGUACCUCAUCUUCCUGGCUGUCAUUUAAGUGUGCUUCGUGAGUUCACUGUGGGGGUUCACCGCCUCUUUUGCCAAAGAGGAAAAUGUUUGUUUUACAGAAAACAGACAAAAAAAAACAACAACAACAACAACUUAUGAUGUAUUAUAAUCUUGUAUGAUUAUAACUUUCUGUGAAAAAUAUAAAUAUUAUAAUGGCCAGGGUGCUGGAAUGUCACAGACUAUCUGGUGGUUAUCGUGGAGGCUCAAUGCGAUUCUCUGUGGCAUUCACAUGGUUUUAUAUACAUACUAAUAUAAUAAACUACGCCAAAUCAAA